AUGACGACUAUCACUAGCUUCACUUCUCACGAUGUCCGAUUUCCGACUUCUUUGGACAAAACUGGCUCGGAUGGCAUGAACAGAGGCCCUGAUUAUUCUGCAGCCUAUUGCAUCUUACAGACGAACUCAGAGCACAGCGGCCAUGGCAUGACAUUCACAAUCGGCCGCGGCAACGACCUUGUAUGCAAUGCUAUCGAUUUAAUCGCUCCAUUGGUAGUCAGCCGAAAGUUGGAUGAUUUGGUGCGAAACUGGGCGCAAACCUGGCGAUACCUCACAUCCGAUUCCCAGUUGCGAUGGGUAGGACCGGAGAAAGGCGUCGUUCACAUGGCACUGGGGGCCGUCGUCAAUGCAAUCUGGGAUUUAUGGGGUAAGGUCGAGGGAAAGCCCGUGUGGAAGUUGAUAGCAGAUAUGACGCCCGAGGAGGUGGUACGAUGUAUCGAUUUCCGCUACCUCACUGAUGCUCUCACCCCGGACGAAGCUCUCGAACUACUGCGCGAGACACGGGUCGGAAAGGCUGAGCGGAUGGAAAAGGUUCAGCAGAAUCGUGCAGUAUCUGCCUAUACGACCAGUGCUGGCUGGCUGGGGUAUGGAAAAGAUAAGAUGCGCGCGUUGUUGAAGCAGACUCUGGCGGAGGGAUUCAAACACUUUAAAUUGAAGGUCGGGGGGUCUCUCGAAGAGGAUAAAGAACGAUUGAGCCUCGCUCGGGAGGUGAUCGGUUACGACCAGGGAAACGUGUUGAUGGUUGAUGCCAACCAGGUCUGGUCUGUGCCCGAAGCAAUCGAGUAUAUGACCGAGCUGGCUGAAUUUAAGCCCUGGUUUAUCGAGGAGCCGACGUCGCCUGACGAUAUCCUGGGACAUGCUGCAAUCAGAAAAGGCCUCAAAGGCAAGGUGGGCGUUGCGACGGGUGAGAUGGUGCAGAACCGCAUUGUGUUCAAGCAGUUGUUGCAGGCCGGAGCUAUCGACGUCUUGCAACCCGACGCCUGUCGCGUGGGCGGUGUCAAUGAAGUUUUGGCUAUCCUGCUACUUGCGCACAAGUUCAAGGUCCCAAUUGUCCCUCACUCCGGGGGUGUCGGUCUUCCAGAGUACACUCAGCACCUCAGCACCAUCGAUUACCUGGUGAUUAGUGGGGAGAAGAGUAUUCUCGAGUACGUGGAUCACCUCCACGAACACUUCCUCGAGCCUGCUCAGACCGAGGCGGGACAUUAUGUUACCCCACGAGCACCUGGAUACAGUGUUCAGAUGAAGCCGGAAAGCCUAGAGGAAUUCAGUUUCCCCGGAGGGCCGAAGAGUUGGUGGAGAAGUGAGGCAGCCAAAGGAAUUCUGAAUGGAGAUCGGGGGCUAGCUCCGCUGUAG